GCCGUCGGAAACAAUAGAGGCCGUGCGCGCCGCUGGAGCGAGAGCUCGCCGAGGCCUCCCCGCCCCUCCCGCCCCGCAACGCUCGACCGGGGGGAUCCCCACGGCUUUCGAGAGCCUGCCCGCCAUGGCCGACAAGGAAGCAGCCUUUGAUGACGCCGUCGAGGAACGGGUGAUCAAUGAGGAGUACAAGAUCUGGAAGAAGAACACCCCUUUUCUCUACGACUUGGUGAUGACCCAUGCCCUGGAAUGGCCCAGUCUCACGGCGCAGUGGCUUCCAGAUGUGACCAGACCAGAAGGGAAAGAUUUCAGCAUUCAUCGACUUGUCCUGGGGACACACACAUCUGAUGAACAAAACCACCUUGUGAUAGCCAGUGUGCAGCUUCCUAAUGAUGAUGCCCAGUUUGAUGCUUCACACUAUGACAGUGAGAAAGGAGAAUUUGGAGGUUUUGGCUCAGUUAGUGGAAAAAUUGAAAUAGAAAUCAAGAUCAACCAUGAAGGAGAAGUGAACAGGGCACGUUACAUGCCUCAGAACCCUUGCAUCAUUGCAACAAAAACUCCAUCCAGUGAUGUUCUUGUUUUUGACUAUACAAAGCAUCCUUCGAAACCAGACCCAUCUGGUGAGUGCAACCCAGACUUGCGUCUCCGGGGACAUCAGAAGGAAGGAUAUGGGCUUUCUUGGAACCCAAAUCUCAGUGGGCACUUACUUAGUGCCUCAGAUGAUCAUACCAUCUGCCUGUGGGACAUCAGUGCUGUUCCAAAGGAAGGAAAAGUUGUGGAUGCAAAGACCAUCUUUACAGGCCACACAGCAGUAGUAGAGGAUGUUUCCUGGCAUCUGCUUCAUGAGUCUCUGUUUGGUUCAGUUGCUGAUGAUCAAAAACUUAUGAUUUGGGAUACCCGUUCAAACAAUACUUCCAAGCCAAGCCACUCAGUUGAUGCCCACACUGCUGAAGUGAAUUGCCUUUCUUUCAACCCUUAUAGUGAGUUCAUUCUUGCCACAGGAUCAGCUGACAAGACUGUUGCCUUGUGGGAUCUGAGAAAUCUGAAACUUAAGUUGCAUUCCUUUGAAUCACAUAAGGAUGAAAUAUUCCAGGUUCAGUGGUCACCUCACAAUGAGACUAUUUUGGCUUCUAGUGGUACUGAUCGAAGACUGAAUGUCUGGGAUUUGAGUAAAAUUGGAGAGGAACAAUCCCCAGAAGAUGCAGAGGAUGGGCCACCAGAGUUACUGUUUAUUCAUGGUGGUCACACUGCCAAGAUAUCUGAUUUCUCCUGGAAUCCCAAUGAACCUUGGGUGAUUUGUUCUGUAUCAGAAGAUAAUAUCAUGCAAGUGUGGCAGAUGGCAGAGAACAUUUAUAAUGAUGAAGACCCUGAAGGAAGUGUUGAUCCAGAAGGACAAGGGUCUUAGAUAUGUCUGCACUUGUGAUUAGACUCCCCUUUUUUCCUCUCAACCCAAGAUUGAUUUAACACUGGUUUUGAGACACAGACUUUGUUCGGCUAUCUCUCUUUUUAGGUACCGUCAACAAUGCUAUUAGCUCAAACAGAGGGUAUUUUCUAAAUAUUAACGGGGGGGGGGAGUGGGGGAGACUUGAUUCAGUAAAACCACAGACAUAUUUAAAUUUUUUUCUGGUAUUUUCUAGUAACAUAGGUCUGAAGUAGCAGUGGAAAGGGAGGUGGGGUGUGUAUGUGUGUUAUGUCUGGUCAUUUUUCUUUUUGAUACUUCAUCCCCAAGUUCUUCAGUGAAGGCUGGAGUAAGGAAAAAAGCCAAGUGAGAAAGGUCUGAGCCAUGAAAUAGAAAGUACUGCAAGAAGUCCUUUUUUAUUCAGGAGAUAGGGGAGAUUAAAGACAAAUAUCUAUUCUUAAAUCUUUACAGUGACUUUCAGAUACACAUUGUCCUAUAUAGACCAAUUCUCAGUUUCUUCAGUUAACUUACAUGUUCUUCUUUGAGUAUAUUUUUGCUUCUUAGUGUAUUUCUUGAGCUGUUUCAUAUUAUUUUUCCCUUUCUGUGAAAUGUUUUUUUUUUUUUUAAACUUGGGACCACCAAGUUGUAAAGAUGUAUGUUUUUACCUGACAGUUUUACCACAGGAAGACUGUCUCGAUAAGUCAAGAAGAGUGAAUUAGUGCUUUGUGUUUGUUUUUGAAAUUAAAUUAAUCUGGAUAAAGUUGCUUUUUUCUUAGUAGUUAGUCCUUGACCACUAGUUUGAUAUACCAUCUUUAUACUGAGUGACCAGUUUCACCAGCAGGCCUAUUAAACUUCGUGACUAAAUGUGUAAGUACUUAUAAUGGAAUAAAUUGCUUUUCUACAUAA